UCGUCAUCGUCCUCCGGCGGAAUGUUCGGCGGUGGCAGUGGCGGUGGAUAUGCGCAGCAGCAGUACGGCCAACCACAAUACGUACAACAGGGUUACGGACGCAAGACGGGUGGCAUGGGUGGAAUGGGUAUGGGCGGUGGACUUGCCCUCGGUGCGCUCGGUGGUUUGGCGGCUGGUGCUAUGAUGAAUGAGGCUUUCGAUGAUGAUCAUGGCGAUUAUGGAGGAGGUGACGGUGGUGACUUCGGUGGAGGUGAUGAUAUGGGUGGAGGAGACUUCUAGGCUUGAGGGCAGUGAGAAGAUUGCUGUACGAUAACGAUUGUCACUGGUUUGGUUGAGGAAUAGGAGUCACCCAAAGGCGUUGUCGGUUGGUAUAAUAAUGCGCU